GUGGGGCAUACACUGCGAUACCUUUUGUUCAGGUCGAAGCCGUCCUGAUGGGCGGAUGGCUCCCCCAGAGCGUGUUCAUCGACGCCAUUGCCAUCGGCAACGUUCUGCCCGCGCCACUGGUAAUCUUUGCGACUUUUGUCGGAUUUCAGGGAGGAUAUGUGGAUAAGUCGCUCGCAAAUGCCUUCGCUGGUGCGGUAGUUAUUACGUUGGGCAUGUUCUUUUCGUGUUUCCUCUUUACCAUUGCGGGGCACAAUUUGCUCGAGAAGUUAGUUCGGAACAAGGUCCUCGCCAGUUUCUUCGACGGCCUCUGCGGCUCAGUCAUUGGUGUGAUUGCCAUCAUUGCGACGCAGAUCUUGAAAGCUAGCGUCCAGGGAUCCAUCGACAAGUUCAAAGACAAGCCCAUGGCAGAGGCGAUUGCAAUGACUGCUCAGGUCGGGCCUGCUGCAGUGCUUUACCUGCUUGCUCUGGCUGCUCUCUACAAGUUCACGAACAAGUACACGGCUCUUCUACUGGUGAUUUGCGGUGCCGUAGCUGGUCAAUUUCUUUUCGUCGUUCAGUGAGAAGAUACGCUUUAUUGAGCUGGCCUGAAAGCGCUGUUGGGAGUCGGGCAUUUUGCCGUGGAGUAACGAUGUAUUUUGAUACCUGCCUUU